AUGUACUUUUUAACAAACAUAACUCAAAGUAAUCAGACAACAAUUAAAAUCACUACAUAUGAUUUAAAGAAAUGUGGUGGAUCAUUGGAGAUUUCAAAUUUUGAUAUUUACAUAAUGAAUAAUUCUAUAAGUUUUCUUCUUGAAAUAAAAAAUUUAAUAGGUUCAAAUGAACUCAUAGUACAACUAUUAUUUUUAGUUAAUGAAAAUGAAAAGCUUUAUAAACCAUGUUUUGCCAAUGGACCAACUGGAUCAUGCUUCUAUGCCAACUCAACAUAUAAUAUUUCUAUUAGGUCAUUGACAGAUAAUUUUAUGGAUUCAAAGACAUAUACAAUUUUCAAUAUUCAGCACAACAUUAUAUUUAAUAGCACUUAUUCAAAUAAGAAUUUGAAUGAGUUUACAGACAAUUUGAGAAUUAUAAAAUUUUCAAAAUUUUUAAUUUCACAGCCAAGUGGAAAUAAUGUUUUAGGCUGCAUUAGUAUAUAUGUUAAUACUCUUGAGCAGAAUUCUCUAGGCAGUUUCUUGAAUUUAUAUAAUGUUCUAUUUAUUAUUAUUGUUGUUUUUACUUUAAUUAGCUUUGUUUUAACACAAACUAAUGCUAUACAAGAUAUUAGCAAAAUUUUUAUAAAUCAUGAUAAAGCAGAAAAUGGUAACAACACAAAUAAUAGUACAUCUCAUAAUACUAAGCAUCCAGAACAUGGAAUUCUUAGUUCAACAAAUAAUUCAAGCUUGACUCAUCUUGUUCCAACAAGUAACUUAGAUCCACUUUACUAUAAUUCAGCAGGUUGUUCAUGCCUAAUUCAUUAUAAUCAUAAUAUAAUUAAUAGAGCUGCUGUCUCCAAUCCUAUUAACAGAACAACAUCUUAA